AUGAAUAACAGUGGUGUGGGUUUAUCUGACCCAACAUUCCGAUACUACACUACUGGUCAAGCAACCCGGUAUGCUGAAAAUCGUCUGGGUUAUCCAGCUGAGCUAUAUGAUUUGGUUCUCCGAUAUCAUGCAGAGUCUAAUGGUAAUUUCAAAACUCUCCUGGAUGUUGGAUGUGGCCCAGGAAAUGCAACCCGUGACUUGGCUCCCCAUUUUGAAUGCGCGGUGGGGAUUGAUCCUGGGCUCGAGAUGAUCCAAACUGCGCAACGUCUAGGCGGUGUUACCAAAUCAAAUAGCCCCAUCGAGUUCCAAGUCUCGACUGCGGAGGAUUGUGCUAAAAUAGAUAACGUUCAUAACGGUGUGGAUUUAUUGGUUUCGGCAAUGGCAGCACAUUGGUUUUCGAUGGAGGAUUUCUGGAAAUCUGCUGCAAAGAUUGUGAAUCCAGGAGGCACUGUAGCUCUCUGGACAUGCGCUUCGUUGUACUGCCACCCAUCAACACCUCACGCGGCUGAAGUGCAAAACGCACUUUUCCAUCUCGAACGAGAUAUAUUGAAACCCUAUGAACUGCCUCCAAAUCGGCUCUCUAGUGAUCUGUACGAUAAUUUGGUUCUUCCGUGGCAUUUGGAUCCUCCUGUUACAGCAUUCCCAAUGAGUGAAUAUCGGCGUCUUGAAUGGGACCGCGGUGGGAUACUAUCCGAUGGAAAAGACUUUUUCAUUCGUGCAAAAGAAUCAUCACUGGAAGGAUUAGGAGCUAGCUUAGGCACUGCAAGUAUGGUCACAAGAUGGAGAGCAGCUCAUCCAGAGGAGGCGGGCACAGCUAAGGACUGCGUGAAUCUUACUCUCGCUGAGAUUAAGAAAGCUUUGGGAGAUAACUGGUGUGGAGAACUCAAACUGGGGCAUUCAACUGUCAUUCUCCUCUUUAAAAGGAGUCAAGAUCGCGCAAAAAUGCCUUCUAUCAAUCCUAACGCACAAAUCUAA